AAAACUUUUCUCUUGUAAUACCGAAGUGGAAAGGAUCGAGAAAUGAGUUUGACAGCUAAGGAUAAAGCCUUUGUCAAGGCCUUCUGGGGUAAAAUCUCUGGUAAGGCUGACGCCAUAGGACAAGAAGCUCUGGGACGAAUGCUCGUUGUCUACCCUCAGACUAAAAUAUAUUUUUCUGACUGGACUGAUUUUUCUCUCGACUCUCCGCAAGUGAAGAAACACGGCAAAACUGUGAUGACAGCCAUCACUAAUGCUGUGGGCAAAAUGGAUGAUCUUAUUGGUGGAAUGAGCACCUUGAGCGAUAUCCAUGCCACUAAGUUUCGGAUUGACCCUGUAAACUUUAAGAUUCUUUCCCAUAACAUCCUCGUGACUCUUGCAGUUCAUUUCCCCGCUGACUUCACUGCAGAAGUGCACGUGGCCGUGGACAAGUUUCUUGCGGGUGUGUCUGCAGCCCUCGCCGAUAAAUACAGAUAGGCUAAGAUCAUCAUUCAGGGGCUACCUCAAAUAAUGAAAAAUAAAAUAUCAGACGCAAUCAAUAAAAUCUUCAACAAUCAAAACGUC